GAACUUAUGUGCACAAGAUGCAAAGGAAUAAUGAAAGUCAAGGCAGAUGAAUAGUUUUUGAUAGUUUUUCUGCUUAAACAGAUUAAUGGAACAUGCAGAUUUUGGUUCAGGCGUGGGAGUGGGCUGUGGGUGGAGAGUGUCUUGACAGUCCCAUCCACUCAGCCAAGAUGUGCUCAGAUGCAAGAGCACACCUCUUUUAGAGCAGAGCUGACUGAUUCACAGGAGGACCUGCACCAUGAGCUGUGAGCAGAGAUACCCAGCAGAGGUGUUUUUUGUGGAUGGGGAUGGGAGUCACCUCCAUUCUUCGCAGCAUCCAAACCACUUGACCUGGAUGCCUUUACCGCCUGCCCGGGAGAAGAAGAAGGGACAUGGGAAGAGCUGGGGCUUCAUGGGUCUCAACCCUGGUGGGGCCUUGAUUGCAUUGAUGCUGUUCAUGUUGGUGUUCACAAUCCUGGGUUUCGAAGCCUACCAGAUUUUGCAAUUAAGGGAAAAACUCAAAGACAUUGAAAAGGUUGAACCUCAAGCAGCGGCAGAAUUUAGUGUGCCUCUGAAGCAGAUUGGAUAUUUGAAACAUGAACUUGGAUUAAAGGAAGAAGAUGAAAGCGACCGACCUGCAGCACAUGUGUUAGGGCGUGUUCAGAACUAUGGUUCAGAAAAGACCUUGCGUUGGGAGCCAAAAACAGGCCAGGCAUUCACCUCAGGGGGAGUGGUUUACCGGCUUCAAGACGGGUCCUUGCAGGUCAAUGAGACUGGAUUCUUCCAGAUUUACUCACGAGUGGAAUUUAUCUUUAAAAAGUGCUCCCCUGCCACCGUGUUUGAACACCUGGUGUUUAAAAAGCGAGCCAAAAAGCCGUCAUCCGAGACCUUAAUGGUGGCUCGGAGGGUGGGGUUCUGCCCUCAGCCACAGCACUCCUGGACCACAGAGAGCUACCUCGGCUCGGCCCACCACCUAGAGCAAGGCGACAGAGUCUUUGUGAAUGUAUCGCACCCAAAUAUUCUCAGUCACUCACAUUAUGGCAACUUCUUUGGCCUCUACAAGAUCUGAAGACUUAGACUUUAUGUUAGAGUUUAAGUCUUUCAGUCCAGAUUGGAGGUGGCUCAUAUCAAAUAGUGAAACAUAUCGAGUGAAUGGCAUAUCGAAAAAGUUGCAGAUCUUCCUAAUUGGCAGCUUAUUCAGAAGUUAAAGCCCUUCAAGUACCGGGGAAAAUAAAUGAACGUUGUUUAUACAAAUGUGUGAGAGCAAAAGAAGAGAUUGUGCCUUUUAUUGAUUGUGUGAAGUCAGUUAACACUAAGGUGCCGAUCUAGUUGUAGCAUGUGAAGUAUUUAUUUUAGUGAGAAACUGAAACCUUGUUUGCCUGUUUUUUUUUUUUAUUUCUUGUAUCAUCAUGCAAAUAAAAACAUAAUUUAA